UUUCACCUUAAUUACCAUGCUUAACUCUAACUGAUCGAAUAUUGUCACGAUAUUCAGAGAUAUAAAAACAUUGCAUAUACUCAGUUGCAUGUGUGAUAUAGCGCAUAUUAAUAGCAUUGCGGUUUCAUGACAUAUAUUAGUGUAAAUGUAUAAGCAUCUCAUAUUUAUAGCCUUUCACUUUCAGGGACAGGAUUGUAACUCUUUGUUACACUUAUCAGGUCAACAGGGUGAUUUGUAAAUGAUGUGUGCGAUGAAUGUGCUGAAACAAAUAAUGUGUAUAUGGUUGUUUUAUGUACUCCAUGGAGUCCUUCUCGUUGGACUUGUCAAAGUUGAAGUACAAACAACAGUUCAGCAGAAAAAAUUACAAAAUAUCUUUGAAAGCGCCAAAACUCAGACGGGAUUAUGGACUGGAACAAUUUCUGAGAGACUUUACGUCAGAAACAACGUGAUUCAAAUAGAACGUUCAAAACAAUUGCCGCUUCCACAUCGAACGGAGUUGGUCAGCACACUAUCGGUUGCGAGAGGUAUAUAUAGUCUUAUGUGCAUUACAUGUCAUCACGAUCAGAUAAUUUAUUAAUUUGUAACUAUUCUGUGCUACCCUCAUUCAAUAGAGAGUUUACUUACUUAUAUAGAUAUUUUGGUAGGAGGGGGAGUUAUUCUUCUGGAACCCAGGGUAUAGGAUGGGAUUAAAAUAACAGGCCUUAUAUGGGCCAACAUAGUUAUAUACAGGGUGUCCUAAAAAACCCCAAAAAACUAUUGAAAUAACGUAUUGUUAGAAUUUGAAUGCCCUAGCACUAAGCUGAACGCAAAGAUGCGUAAAAUAUUGACAGGGUGCAUAUAUUAAAUAUUGACGAUUUUCUGCUCUUGGAAAUUUAGCGGAUAGUUUUCCUUAGCGGCGCGAAAAACACCCAUCCGAUAAUCGAUAUGGAAUGUACAACUUUCAGUAGCUAAGCGAAACAACAUCUCUCCGUUGCAAUAACUCCUCUGAAAAUAGCGUCCCUAAAAGGUACGGAUAUGUGUUUUUCACGUCGCUACGGAAAAGCUAUCCGGUACAGUGUAAACGCAGCCCAAAGCUCUUAUACUUGUGGGUUCAGCAGAGUGUAUACCCUGGGUACCAGAGCCUCUUAUGAAGUGAGGACACGACGAGGAGGAAAUUGAAAUUUCAAUUUCCUCCUCGUCGUGUCCUCACUUCAUAAGAGGCUCUGGUACCCAGGGUAAGCAGAGUGCCGAGGCAUUCAAAUUCUAACAAUACGUUAUUUCAAUAGUUUUGGGGUUUUUUGGUACAUCCUGUAUAUUUCAACGUCACAUAAUACACAUGAUAUUACUCUAACUGAUCCGUGUGUUCUAAUUUAAGCCAAAUGCAUUUCUGAAUCAAAAGGAUGACUACAUGCAAUUCCUUGAGAUAAAUACUAAAAUAGAGAAGUUAUAAACAGCACGAUGACGAAUGCUGGCGAUAGACGUGGUAUGAGAGUUUUUGACAUGUCCUAUAUAGGCUUUGUUUACGACCACAAUUCCACAUUUCCAUUUCUUUAUACUGUAUAUUGAUCAGGUUUUGUUUAAAAUGCGACAAGUAGUUUUCAGAUAGGUUCGACAGAUCUAUUCUGAACCGUACUGCAGUAUAGCUGUAUUAACUUUUUAAAACUGUAUCAUAUACUGUAUACAUGCGAUCGUUAGACCAAACCGGCGUUAGAACGUCAGGAAACCACCGAACUCCAUGCAUAGCUGCAUUAACUAGAUUCAUGUGUGAAGGCAACAAGAGUCGUUCCUAUAUCACUGCCAUAUUUAACCUGGUAACACGAGUUUAUUCGCAGGAUCUCACAGGUCUGUGUUGCCGUGUUCCCUUCAAAAUGGUACCUUUUCGCCACGAAGCCCGUUCAUAUUAAGGAGGCGGGGGCGUAGAAAAUGGCUUUGGGUUCGCAGACUAGGAUGGUCCGGUUAACCGGGAUGACCCGUUUAAAAAUGUUAGACAUCCAAAAUCACAUACGUUGUUCUCUUGAAACCUCUGGGAGAUCCUCAGCUAUUUCAGGAUUUGAGCCAUUAAAUAACAACACUAACAAUGUGACUGUGUGUCUAAUUAAAUUGUACCUUAUGUAUUUCAGGUUUGUGCAUCAUUUUCGAAGAGAACCCAGUCUGGUGCCAACUCGUUCUUAUUAUCCAAUCUCUACUAUCAAUAGUUGUUUUCAUACACGUCCUUAUCCGUGUUGGAGGAAACAUAAAAUGGCUUUUGGAAAAGCUUAUAACCUCUCUACCUGUUUCACUGAAACGCUGCAAAAAUAAAACGCUGAAUUCAAUAGUAAUGUCAUUAUUAUUCCUCGUCUUGGGACUAACUCUUUGUAUUCCACUUCGAAAUCUUUACCUAACUGGCCUUGCAGAUCAAGAAGACAAGAUAGUCGCAGAAAUUUCACGUCAAGUUAUAGAAAACGAUAUCAAUGUGUAUCUCUCCAUUAAUGUGGAUUGGCUACUUGUAUUUUAUUUCUCUUUUUUAAACAUUGGUUUCCUCUUAAGCUUCUCGUAUUGUUCUGCAACGGUAACUGACCUCAUGCGAGAGGAGUUAAAACAGGAAUUCACUAUUGAUUAUCAAGACGAAAUAAUGACUGUACCACCCUGCAAAUAUUUCAACGUAUAAAUCUAUUAUUUACCUACAUUGCAUGAAACAUGGUAGUAAUUCAUAGGGGAAUUAAAAUGUAUAACACCAGCAGCCAUAUGGGCUUCUGUAUUGUAAUAAAGAUAAAAAGAUAUUCUCGAAAAAUGUAGUCGUGCUGCCGUGUGUGAUAUUUCGGCGUAACAAACAAUUUAAAUGUGCCAAGGAAGCAAGCUGGCGGUCGGUUUUUUGGGGAGAACUUGCGGGCAAAAAAUUUCCCGCUACAACAGAAGCUAUAUAUUUGCAGUGAGCUCUAUAUAUCUGGAGCAAGAACUUCAGUCAUUCGACCUAUGCGAAAAGUGAAGCCAAGAUGGCGGAAAAUGACGUCCAAUAGCUAUGAAGGUCGUAAACAGUUUUAAUACCAUUUUCCCCAUUUUAAUUCCAGCUUUUUCAAACGGACCCUGUCGCUAAACAAGUUAUUAGUUCAUAAAAACCAUAGUGUUAUUCUUUAAAUCGAUGUCAAAUUACGAAAUUUCGCACACUCCUAGCCAACUUCAGGUUAACCGCGCAGACAAAAACAAUAGAAAGGGACUGGAAAUGACGUCCAAUUUCCAACAGGUUAGCACUUUUUUCCAUCCAGCAAACCGCCCUAUCGAUUUCAUAAAGUCGUUUUUUGGGGACUUUUUUAUUAAUUCGGUUAGGGUUGUGGUUAGGGGUUAGAGUAAGGGUUGGGUUUGCGUUAGUUACAUAGCCAUUUAACACCUCUUCUAUCUUCCGAAAAUGACGUCAGGUCAGUUUGCUGGAUGGAAAAUAGUGCUAACCUUUCCAAUAGCUCUUCAAUUUCCGCCAUCUUGGUUUUACUUUUUGAACUCGAGUUCUCGCUCCAGAUAUAUAUGGAGCUCAUUGUUAUUUUUUUUUAAAUAAUAUUUUUGGGGAAAUAUUAUGGAUGCGAAUUCCGGUUACUAACGUAUUCCCACCAAAUCAUGCCGGAUAAUUAAGUCCUCAAACCUUUCAGGCUUAAAGUGGAAGUCAAGUCCGUAAUGUAAACAAACGGUUUGUUUACAUUUUGAACUGCUGUAUUUUUUAAAAUAUGAUGUACUGUCUGAAUAUCUAACACCAUUUUGGUUCGCUAUGCUUCUAAAUGAAUAUGAAAUAGAGUUUAUGUUCAGAAAAAUUCGAAACAUUCGAAAUUUGGGCAAUAUUCACAUUAGAGGCCCUCACAUUGUUAUGAGCAGAACCGAUGCGCAGAACGGACUUGACUUCCACUUUAAUUAAAUGAAAUUUACGGAAUAAAAAAGUUAUCAAGCGUUGAUGUUUGAAAAAUAUUAGUUAAUCACCAACAACACCAAUAAGACUGAAACUCCUGUCUACUGGGGGCGCUACUGUCAGCAACACCGCGGAAAAACGUCUGCGCAUGCACCGAAUUAUGAAAAUAUGGCGGGGAAUUUGAAUAUCAAUUUCUAAAACAAAAACAUGCUUAUUAACUGGUCAAAAAUUAGUAAAACAAACGAGAAAAUAUAGCAAAUGGGUAGACUAGACAUUAAUUGAAAGCGUCCU